AUGCCCCAAGAAACAGAAAUCCUUACUGAGCCAGCUGCCACAGGCACACCCAACUCCAUAAUCCUAAUAACCAUUCUUGUUGGCCUUGUUCUCUUGGGUUUAUUUCUCAUCUUUCAAAAAAGCUAUUCCUCAACUCCAGCUCAUUUAUUGACAAACACUUCGAUCAAAAAGAACCAUAUCCCCACCUUCUUGAUAAUUGGUCCUUCAAAUUCUGGUAAAACAACUUUAUUCCACUACUUGUCCAAAAAGUCCUCUGUUUUAGAAGCAAAUGCUAAUGGAAAAGAUUCCGAUAGUGAUAAUGAAGCUAAUAAUGAUAAAAAGGUUAACAAUUAUUUGCCUGCAGAUGGAACUGUAACAUCAACCACAUUUAACAUCAACAAUCAAUUUAAAUUACCAUUAUCAUCAAGUUUCAAGAAAAAUCAUAUAUUAAUUGAUAUUCCAGGCAAUAUUCAAAUCUCAAACAACCUAGUCCCAACUUUUUUGAAAAAUUAUUUGAACAUUAAAGGAAUCAUUUAUUUAAUUGAUUCAAAUGCUUCUGAUGAAAGUCUAAUUAGUCAAUCCAAUUUCUUAUUCAAUUUACUAUUAAAAACUGAAUCAUAUUCACCAAAUGGUAUCGAUAUUCUUAUUGGUUUAAAUAAAUCUGAAAUUUUUGGUUCAAAACCAAUUUUUAAAGUUAAAAAUCUACUAAUUAAUCAAUUUGAUUUAUUGAAAAGAAAUUAUUUUCAAAACAGAUCAUCGACAAUUAAAAAUAUCGAUACUGAUCAAAUGAAUCAACCAAACAGUAACUCUAUCGAUAACGAUAAUAGCGGUGAUAAUGACAACGAUUUUCAAUUUGCUAAUUCUUCUACAAGUUUCUCAUUUGAUCAAUUAGAAGGCAAUGUAGAUUUCUUUACUGGUUCACUAUAUAAAAAUGAUAUAGAUCGGUGGGAAAAUUGGCUCGACGAAAGAGCCGUCAAUUAG